CGGUGGGACAACAGGUUCUGUGAUAUUGGUGUUAGCUAUAUGAUCUGGCAUUGUUUCCCUGAGUUCCGGGACCUGAGCGCGGAAGUAUAAAAGGCGUGUGCGCUUGCUUCUGUUCCUCUUUGUGACUCGUGUUAAGAUGACUAAGAAGCGAAGGAAUAAUGGACGUGCCAAGAAGGGCCGUGGUCAUGUCCAGCCCAUCAGGUGCACAAACUGUGCCCGUUGUGUCCCCAAAGACAAGGCUAUCAAGAAGUUUGUCAUUCGAAACAUUGUGGAGGCAGCUGCAGUCCGAGAUAUUUCAGAGGCCAGUGUUUUUGAUGCAUAUGUGCUGCCCAAGCUAUAUGUGAAAUUACAUUACUGUGUCAGCUGUGCCAUCCACAGCAAGGUGGUGAGAAACCGUUCCCGGGAAGCCAGGAAGGACCGAACCCCUCCUCCGCGUUUCAGGCCAGGAGCUAACAUCCCACGUGGACCUCCUCCCAAGCCAAUGUAAACAUUAGCUGACCUUAUCAUUUGGAUUGAUUUUAAUAAAAAUGUUGGACCACUGAGAA